AUGGACGUUGGGUAUACAAAUGUACUUGGUGAUAAAUUAUGUGCGAGAUUUGAACAUGUAUACUUUUUACCAGUUGAUCUUCUCGUAUCACCUGUUUACGGUCCUGAUCCAUCUAAAAACAAUACGAUCGUAUAUGAAGAACAUAUUAUUUUUUGCAAUGCUCCAAAUAACAAGAUGAAAUCUUCAUCACGUUCAUUAGUUUAUAAUCGAAAUGUUGAAAGUCGUCCAAUACCUUCGUAA